AUACAGAGGACUGCAGAGUUUGGGACUUUGUGCAGACAUGCUCAUAGCGUAGAGGGAGGGAGGGAAGAAAGGAGGGAAGGAGGGCGUUGGGAGCUGAGGCCCCACCUUUCAUUCCAGCAAAGUGCACCAGCCAAGUAGGAAUGAGUCACAGACACAGGCGCUCAGAUUCCCAUAGGUGAGAGACUGACUUCUCUCUCUGGGAAAACUCGGGUGCUCACUCCUUGGGAACAGCCUUGAGAGGGUGUUGGAGCCCUCAGUCUGCCUUGUCUGGUCUCUCCGGUCAGGGCUGGGUUUCCCUCAUGUAUGGCAAGAGCCUUACGCGUGCUGUGCUUCUCCUUGGCAUACAACUCACAGCUCUUUGGCCUAUAGCAGCUGUGGAAAUUUACACCUCUGGAGUGCUGGAGGCUGUUAAUGGGACAGAUGUUCGGUUAAAAUGCACUUUUUCCAGCUUUGCUCCUGUAGGUGAUGCUCUGACAGUGACUUGGAAUUUCCGUCCCCAAGAUGGGGGAUCUGAGCAGUUUGUAUUCUACUACCAUGUGGAUCCCUUCAAACCCAUGAGUGGAAGGUUCAAGGACCGGGUAGUCUGGGAUGGGAACCCUGAGCGCUAUGAUGUCUCUAUCAUCCUCUGGAAGCUGCAGUUUGAUGACAAUGGGACAUAUACCUGCCAGGUGAAGAACCCACCUGAUGUUGAUGGGCUAAUAGGGGAGAUCCGGCUCAGCGUCGUGCAGACUGUACGCUUCUCUGAGAUGUAUUUCCUGGCUCUGGCCAUUGGCUCCGCCUGUGCACUGAUGGUCAUAAUAGUAAUUGUGGUGGUCCUCUUUCAGCAUUUCCGGAAAAAACGAUGGGCUGACAGAGCUCAUAAAGUGGUGGAGAUAAAAUCAAAAGAGGAUGAAAGACUCAACCAAGAAAAAAAGGUUGCUGUUUAUCUAGAAGAUACAGACUAACAUUCUUAAACGGAGGCUGAAGAUUUCCAAGAACCACAACCCUGGGAAAAGAUGAAGUUGAUGGAAGCUUUUCUUUGUCUUUUUUCAGUUGUGGCCUGUCUUCCAACCAGCUCUACAGUACUUUUCCACCUAGACAGGCAAUAUCCCUCUGGAGCCAGCAUAGGGCCACUCUUGAGCAGAUGCCACCAGACUCACAUCCAGGCCCAUUACUAAGGAUUUAUUUAAUUUUAGAGUGCAAAUAAUUUCAAGUUAGCUUUUGUAUACUACAAAGCAACAUUUUUGCCCUUAAAUACUGCUUUGUAGAUUAUGACUUGUAUAUACACAUACUGGCAGCAAAUGGGAUAAAAGCCAAUUUGUCUAUCAUGACAUUUUCUUUUCCAUAUUAGUUUCUUUAGAACAGCACUUUUGCUACUAAAUUUAAUGCGUUUACUUUUUCCUUCUCACACUCUCAAUUAAAAGUGAGCUAUUUCUCCCAGCUGUUUGUGAUUAACGGAAAAUCUUGUGUUUAAACUGUUAAAGUAACAGUUCAAUUUUUACGGCUGUCCUUAACUCUCAGACAAAUCUUGUUGUAUUGAAUUUUAGUAUCCUAGGUGAUAAUAUUUUCUUUUCUUUUUUGUCAGUUGAUCUAAGGUAUACCACAGAGCCAGUACAAAUCACAGAGUAAUUCACAAGAGGUUACCUAAAUGCUAAUAGGUUGACAAAUGCCACCCUUGGGAUGAACUGCUUGUCACCUUUUUCUUUGUACUGUACGAUGCAGGUCUUUUUUGAGCAGUGAAUGACUGCUUAGCUUACUGUGUCCUCCCUUUUCCCCUCCUGCCCCAUUUACAUUAUCUAUAACAAAAGAGCCAAGUCUAUGCUCAUUCAUUUGUAGGCUGGAAUCAUUAAGCAGUUUAAACAGAAUUCUGGAAUAGUAUUUUAUGACUUUAAGAACCUAGGGCUAGUAAAAAAAUAUCAACCCUAAAUAAUAAUAAUUUUGUACAGUGCUAUACAGAGCUCUGAGGAUUGAAAAAAUGCUUAAAAUUUAUUUUCUUUUUCUUUUUAAUUUGCUUGUUUGGGGAGAGAAUUUGGUAUGGGGCAAAGAAAUACCAAAACUAACAGAAUGAAAUGAACUUUAUUCUUCUCCUCUGAAAAAAAAACUUUAUUCUUGUUUCCCUUAUAUUAGUAGAUAAAGGAAACUUUGUAAGUGGGCUCUGAAAAGAGUUUUUUCAAAAAUAUUUAUUUAUUUAUUUAUUUUUAUAGAGAGGGGUAGGGAAGGAGAAAGUGAGGGAGAGAAACAUCAAUGUGUGGUUGCCUCUCAUGCGUCCCCUACUGGGGACUUGGCUCGCAACCCAGGCGUGGGCCCUGACUGGGAAUCCAACAUGCGACCCUUUGGCUCACAGGCCCGAGCUCAAUUCACUGAACUACAUUACAGGGUGAAAAGAGCUUUUUAAAAAGGGGUCUAGUUUCGAGACUUCUGGCCAAGAUGGAGAUAUAAGUGGAAACAUUGUGCCUCCUAACACAACCAAAACACAGAAAAUUGAACUGUAUGAAAGUCUGACAACAAUGAACCAUUCAGCCAGACUGGUAAGAAGGGCAGAGUCAGUGACUGGCGGAGCGGGGUCCUAGAGGGAAAAGUGGCCAGACAGACCCAGGUGUGCAGAUGGCAGUUGGCAGAUCCCAGGUGGGGGUGGCAACAGGCAGACCCAGUAAGGAUGCAAGGCAGCUGGCUGACUGCGGUCACACAUUCACACUCAGAUAAACCAGGCAGAGAAGUGAGCAGUGAGACAGACUGUGCAAACCAGGGCCCCAGUGAUGGGAAUUAAAGCCUAAAAGCACCAAUUGGAAUAACUUUCUGGGUCGAGGUGCUGGGAGCCCACACACCGGGGAACCAGUACCAGAAGGGCCCAAUUUGCUAGCGGGAAGCAGCAGAGAGGACCAAAAUCCAAGAGAGAGAAGAACAAACUACAUUGUCUCUCUCUGACCUGGUCCCCACAUACAGCAUCAUAACCCAGUGACUGGAUCACCCUGCCCUGGUGAACACCUAAGGCUCCACCCUUCAUACAUAACAGGUGCAAACAGACCAAAACAUUAUGGCUCAAGAACAGCUCAAAGCCCCAGAGCCCAUAGAUCUAAGCGACCAAGAGAUAGUUAACCUUUCAGAUGCACAGUUCAAAAUACUGGUGAUCAGGAUGCUCACAGAACUGGUUGAUUUUAGUCACAAAUUAGAGGAACAAAUGAAGGCUGAACUAAGUGAAAUGAAGGGAAAUGCACAGGAAACCAAUAGUGAUGGAAAGAAAACUGGGACUCAAAUCAAGGGAGUGGACCAGAAGGAAGAAAAAAUGACCAAACAGAAAAGAAUGAAGAAACAAGAAUUCAAAAAAAUGAGGAGAGGCUUAGGAACCUCCAGGACAUCUUUAAACGCUCCAACAUUCGAAUUAGAGGGGUGCCAGAAGGAGAAGAGGAAGAUCGACAAGUGGAAAACUUUUUUGAACAAAUAAUGAAGGAGAGCUUCCUCAAUCUGGCAAAGGAAAUAGACUUCUAGGAAGUCCAGGAAGCUCAGAGAGUCCCAAAGAAGGUGGACCCAAAGAGGAACACACCAAGGCACAUCAUAAUUAUAUUAGCCAAGAUUAAAAUGAAGGAGAGAAUCCUAGAAGCAGCAAGAGCUAAGGGGACAGUCACCUGCAAAGGACUUCCCAUCAGACUGUCAGCUGAUUUCUCAAAAGAGACCUUAUAGGCAAGAAGGGGCUGGAAAGAAGUAUUCCAAGUCAUGAAAUCCAAAGACCUACACCCAAGAUUGCUCUAUCUGGCAAAGCUUUCAUUUAGAAUGGAAGGGCAGAUAAAAUGCUUCUCAGAUAAGGUCAAAUUCAAGGAGUUCAUCAUCACCAAGCCCUUAUUAUAUGAAAUGUUAAAGGGACUUACCUAAGAAAAAGAUAAAAAGAUGAACAGUGAAAGGACAGCAAACUCACAGUUAUUAACAAUCACACCUAAAACAAAAGCAAUCUAAGAGGACAGCUAGGUCAGGAGCGGAAUCAUAGACAUGGAGAUCGCAUGGAGGGUUAGCAACAGGGGAGUGGGAGGAGGAGAAGGGGAGAGAAGGUACAGAGACUAAGUAGCAUGAAUGGUAGGUAGAAAAUAGACAGGGGGGAGGGCAAGAAUAAUAUGGGAAAUAUUGAAUCUAAAGAACUUGUGACACAUGGACAUGAACUAAAGAGGGGAAAUGGGGGAAGUGAGUGUGCAGGGUGGAGGGGAAUGAGGUGGGGAAAUGGGCCAACUGUAAUGGCAUAAUCAUUAAAAUAUAUAUAUUUUUAAAAAGGGUCUAGUUUCCUGGUUUGUUUUCAAACAUAAGCUAUACCAGAAUUUAUUCAAAAGACAGAAAACAUCUAAAAGUCUAGGCCUCCCAAAAAUCUUUACAUGAU